GUGACUUUAUGAGCGAGCCAAUGUCGCUGAGAAGCCAAAAACCACACCAGUGUUUGCCGCACCGUCGACUGUCGUAGACGCGUCGUGGUCACUCUUAAAAUUACGCGGUAGUCUUACCACUUUUUUUUCAUAAACAUUCAAAAAAGGAACAUCGUUCCUGGCUGUGUAUGCUGAAAUUCAUCAAAACCUUCUGCACCAUGAAACCUCCAGUGAACGCCGCUCUUCUUCAUGAUGUGGACAUCCCUACAAAGAAAGCCACUUUCGGCAUGGGCUGCUUCUGGUCCAACGACUCGCUGUUCGGUGCCACCCCAGGGAUUAUCAGGACCAGGGUGGGAUACGCUGGAGGCACCACAAAGAACCCACAUUAUAGAAGCCUUGGAGACCACACAGAAGUGAUCGAGGUGGACUUCGACCCCAAGACAGUGACAUACGAGGAACUCCUCGACAUGUUUUGGGGCAACCACGAAUACGGACUCACGACCAAGCUGAAGAGACAGUACCAGUCCCUAAUCCUGUUUCACGAUGAGGAGCAGCGGCAUGCCGCUGAGGCUUCCUACAGGGACAUGCAGAUCAGGUGCAACGGUCAGCUGAGGACUGAAAUAGCUCCGGCAGGCACUUUCUAUCCCGCUGAAGACUACCACCAGAAAUACCGGUUGCAAGGCCACAAAGACCUCUGCCGGAGCCUCGGCCUCGACUCUUCACGACUGCAGACAUCCCAUUUGGCAGCGAGAUUGAACGGCUACCUCGUAGGAGUGGGGGGUAAAACCCAGUUUGAAGAUGAAGUGGCUCGUCUGGGGCUGAGUGAGAAGCAAGCAGAGUAUGUUCGUAGGGAGUUAGAGCGUAACGAAGGAGGCGGCCUGGCUUGCUAGCGGGCUCAUGAUUCUCAUAGGUUAUUAGGGUGAAUCAGUCUCAGAAAAGUAGAAAGGCUUUGUCGUCUUGUGUGGUCGCGUCUUCUAAAAAUAAAUCUCGCAAAAAAAAGUUUUUAUUCCGAUCCGAUGUUAUAAAUUCUUAACAUUAAUUGAUUUGACAGAAAAUGAGGAAAUAGGCUCAGGAUAUCGCUAGAACUGUGUAAUUGAAGUGCUACUUUGAAAACAUCCUAUUACUCUGAGCGUAAAAAAUCCAAGUGUUCUUUAGUGUAUGAAAAUUAAUUUAAACAGUGUCAAAAACAAUAAAAAUUUUGUAAAGACUUCCCAAGAAAACGAUUAUUGAUCUAAUUUUAAUAAAACGAGGAAUACCCAAUGAAUAUUUAAUUACUACACCGAUUGAAAAGACAUAGCCUUCCUAUUUUCUAAAGACUAGUUUCGUUUGAAGCAAGCAAUGUGAUUUAUUUCGCAGGAGUUUCAUUACAUCUCGUACAAAGAGUAAUGAGCAUUUGUUAUGUAUUUUUUACUCGGAAAAUGCGAAUACCUCUGCUUUAAAUUGGUUUAAUUUUAAAAGCACAAAAGCAGAUAUAGCCCAAAAAACAUAUUUGAAAAAAUAUAUUUUAUUAAAUCGAUAAAAUUGUGCAUUGUGACCAAACGUCUAUUAUAUUUUUAUUUUGCUCCCUGUUUUUAGAUGUUUGAAUGGCCCAAUUAUCAUAGUAAAUAAUAAACCAUUUAUUAGUAGUAGGUACACAUGUGAAGUACUUUGAAGUACCUACAUAUUCCAUUAUUUUGUAAUUGUAUUACUUACAUCUGUAUUCCGUUAUUAACUAGAUUUUCUCUUACUUCGUUAUUCAGUAUUAAGGUUCAUUAAAUGAUUAUUAUAUAUUUCAUAAAGCAUUUCACGAUUGUAUCUGUGUCUCAUUAGAGUAAGUGCAAUUUUAUGGAUUACAAUCGAAUACAAAUGUAUUUUGACCGUAAA